AGGAAGUUACAAGAGACACAUGAAUCGAUGGCCUCCAGGUUGGAUGAGGCAGAACACAAAACCCAGACUCUACAGACAGCCCUUGAAACCACUCAGGCGGAGCUGUUCGACCUGAAGACCAAGUACGACGAGGAGUCCACGGCAAAGGCAGACGAGAUCGAGAUGGUCAUGACCGACCUGGAGCGAGCCAAUCAGAGAGCAGAGACGGCCGAGCGAGAGGCCGAGUCACUGAGGGAGCAGCUCACGUCAGCUAAUAAAUCCCUGCAACUGGCCACACAGAUCCAGAUAGCUCCAGAUAUGGAGCAGGCGGUGGAGGUGGUGUCACGCUCCAGUCUGGAAGCCAAGCUGAGCGCUAAGGAGCGAGAGAUGGUGCAGCUGGUGGAGGACGUGCAGAGACUGCAGGCCAGUCUGGCCAAACUGCGCGAGAACUCCUCCACCCAAAUCAGCCAGCUAGAGCAGCAGCUCAGUGCCAAGAGCACCACACUCAAGCAACUGGAGGAGAAGUUGCAGGAGCAGGCCGACUAUGAGGAGGUGAAGAAAGAGCUGAGCAUCCUGAAGUCCAUGGAGUUUGGGCCGUCUGACAGCGCCACUGUGAAGGACUCGUCUAAGCCGCUGGAGUUGCUGCUGCUGGAAAAAAACCGCAGUCUUCAGUCCGAGAGCGCUUCGCUCCGCAUCGCCAACACCGAGCUGAGCGGGUCAGCCAGCCAGAAAGUGAAAGAAGAGACCGUGCCACACGUCCCCACCUCUACCAACUCAGCCCCAACCCCUCCCGCCCCUUCUCCACUCCUGGGUCGCCCAGGAGUAGGCCCGAACUCUGCUGGCCCGCCCCCGGAGUCGCCUAAGGCUAGCAACGCUAAUGGAGGACAUGCUUUCUCGCCGGCUCUGGACCUCUAUGGUACCGCCUUUCCCCUGGCGGGUAAGGUGGCACUGGGCUCACUGCUGCAGCGCCAGCUCAUGCACACCUUCUACUCCAAAGCACUGCAGGACUUUGGCCACACCCACUACACACCCCUGGCACUGGCCCCCGCUCCCCCACGUCAGCCCUGUGCCAGUCCGGAUACCAACGGCACAGCGCCGUCACCCAGCCGCUCGGAGGGCGCAGGCAGUGCUUCCGAGGGUGAGGAUAUGGACACGGCAGAGAUCGCACGGCAGGUCAAAGAGCAGUUGAUCAAGCACAAUAUUGGGCAGCGCGUUUUCGGGCACUACGUGCUGGGCCUUUCGCAGGGGUCUGUCAGUGAAAUCCUGGCACGCCCCAAACCCUGGAGCAAGCUCACCAUCCGCGGCAAGGAGCCCUUCCAUAAGAUGAAGCAGUUCCUCUCUGACGAGCAGAACAUCUUGGCACUGCGCAGCAUCCAGGGCAGGCAAAGAGGUAACAUUACCACCCGUAUCCGCACACCCGAAAGCGGAUCUGACGAAGCCAUCAAGUCCAUCCUGGAGCAAGCCAAGCGUGAGCUGCAGGUCCAGAAAGCAGCCGACACGUCCCUGCCGCCAUCCUCAUCCAGUGGUGCAGGAGGAGGAUCAGAUGACGCCAUCCGCUCCAUUCUAGAGCAGGCACGACGUGAGAUGGAAGCCCAGCAGGCCUCCUUGUCCUCCUCGUCUUCAUCGUCCUCCUCUUCUUCCAUUUCCUCCUCCCUUUCCCAGUGCGAUCUGUCAUUAUUAUCGCCCAGAGUGUUGGCGCCGUCACCGCUGGGUGCCCCCCUGACCACCUACAGCCCUCUAUCACUAGGCUUAAAGAAGCCUCCUCCUUUGCUCCCCUCUUCAUCCUCCUCACCUUCCUCACCAUCUCCGUCCCCUUUACUUGACUUCAGCAGCAUUAAGAAGGAGCGUCCCGCAUCACCAGGCCAGGAUGGAGCCUCCAGGGUUCAGUGGAGGGAGCAGUGGUGGAACAACUCACAGCAAGAGCGUAGAGGAACUGGCUUGUCUGAUGAGAAUCACAGCAUAGAAGACUCAAAGGAGACGCCCCCCCGGCUGCUCGAUGCCCCUCAGUACUGGAGCGAGUGGCACCACGCCGGCUCCGCCUACCCGGAGCUCAGCGGCACCCGCGUGCCAAGGCCGGCCAGAGCGCCCGUGCCCCCUCUGGCGCCCGAGCAGUGCCAGCUGUUCUCAUGCCGCGAGCUGGACACGGUGGAGCUCACCCAGCUGGUCAAAGAGAAGCUAGCCAAGAGUGGCGUAUGCCAGCGCUUGUUUGGAGAGAAGGUACUAGGACUGUCUCAGGGGAGCGUAAGUGACAUGCUGUCUCGUCCCAAACCGUGGAGCAAGCUGACCCAGAAAGGUCGCGAACCUUUUAUACGAAUGCAGCUGUGGCUGAACGGCGAUUUGGGACAGAACUCCGUGAAUCAACCAGGACAGACACAAGAGGGCACCCCGAAAACCUCAGGCAGCUGCAGUCCGGCGCCCGAGUCGCCGCUCAGCUCGGCCGAAGAGUCCGUGAAGAGCGGCGGCGAACCGCACGGCACCACGCAGGCACCGAUUACCGAGCCGUCCCCAUCCGGAGAGCCAGCGGAGGGCAUGCACUCUGGUACCCCACUGCCGCUGCCUUUGACCAACCUCACGCCCUCCGGCCUCAGCAUACAAGAAAUGGUGGCCAUGUCGCCGGAGCUCGAUACCUACGCCAUCACUAAAAAGGUCAAGGAGGUGCUCACUGACAACAAUCUCGGUCAGCGUUUGUUUGGCGAGACCAUCCUGGGGCUGACUCAGGGCUCGGUGUCUGACCUGCUAGCUCGGCCCAAACCCUGGCACAAGCUGAGCCUCAAGGGCCGUGAGCCGUUCGUACGCAUGCAGCUGUGGCUCAGCGACCCGCGCAACGUCGACAAGCUCAUGGACAUGAAGCGCAUGGAGAAGAAAGCAUACAUGAAGCGACGCCACAGCUCAGUUAGCGAUACCCAGCCCGUGGAGACUGGCCUGAUGGGGUCAGACUUCGGCCCAGGCACCAGCCCUCAGCACCACCCUCAGCAGCAUCUGAAGAAGCCACGGGUGGUUCUGGCUCCUGAGGAAAAGGAGGCACUGAAGAGGGCCUACCAGCAGAAGCCCUACCCCUCUCCCAAAACCAUUGAGGAACUGGCAACCCAGCUCAACCUCAAAACCAGCACCGUCAUCAACUGGUUCCACAACUACAGGUCUCGUAUUCGCCGAGAGCUCUUUAUUGAGGAGAUUCAGGCAGCAGGAUCAGGCUCGGCUUCAGCAGGUGAGGGCGGCUCCCCGUCAGUCCAGGCAGGAAAAGGAAGUGAUGGUUGCGACGGCACGGAUUCAGAUGGCACAGCUGAAGGCAGACACGAUGCCCCCGGCGAAGAAAAGCCCACCUCCGGUCCCGAGGACGUGCCCAAGGAGCCCACUCCGUCUAACUCGCCGACCCCGAGACCCCCCACUACCUCAGCCACCGAAGGACCUGGCACCAGCGGGCACCAGGGCGGCACCUCGGCCCUCGGCCUGUUCGGCUUCUCGCGUAACCCCAAGGACAACAGCCUGCGUAAAAAGAAAGCCGCCAACCUCAAUAACAUUAUCCACCGGCUGGAGAAAGCCGCCAGCAAAGAGGAGCCGUCCGAAUGGGAGUUCUGAGUCCUCGCUAGCGUCCACACCCACACACUCACCCUCCCCACUACCCCCAAUCAGACCUAGGAGGAGACACUUUCCUCCCGAGGGCAUAGCCAAAGUCAAGUGCGGCCAUGAGACUUUUAUUUUAUAAAAAGGAGAAAGAAGUGAAUAAGUGCAGUAGUGCGUGUAAGAAGAGGAAGCGGAUCGUUCCGGAUUCUUGUACCGAGAUGAAGCACUUAGCCGUCCCGUUGGCCACGGCGCCCAAAUAAACCACCCCAAACUCAGCAUUAAGCUGCCUCGCUCUCUCAUCUAGGGCUCUUUCCUUCAAAAGGCACACUUCAAGGAGAGGAUCAGCACACUCACCUCAAAAGUGCGCACAGACUCCGAGCUCUGAUUCUUCACACUGUUGAUUUGAGUUACUGUUACACUUAUUUUUUAUUUUUUGUCUCUCGUUUUUUUUUUUUUUUUUUGUAAUCGACGUGUGUGUGUGUAAUAUUUUUAACCUACUUCAUAAUGUCUGGCUGAAAAACAAGAGGAAUGAGAACAAAAAAAAAAGACAAGACACAGUUACUGAAGGAAAGGUUUUGGAAGUUCAUCCUCACAUUUCCUGUCUCUCCCUCCACAAGCGCCAUCUAAUGGCUGAGGACCUUCUGCAUUUCUUCACCUUUUUUUUUUUUUUCAACAGGAAGUCCUCUGAUGAAGAACAAGGU